AUGGAAGAAGAAUUAAAGAAUUUAAAAGAAAAAUAUGACCAACUUUCAAAUGAAGCUUUAUUCUGGAAAUCAAAAAUUGAAGAUCUUCAAGAAAAGUUAUCACAUCCAGACCAAGCCGGCAACCAAUCACUCGAAAGAAAAAGAGAAGAAAGAAAGUCUAGACAAUUUGCAGAGACCAAGGCAUUCAACAAAGCGAAAGAAGAAAGAAAGAUAAAUGAAUUUACAGAAACCAACAGAAUCAAUUUGGAGAGAGAAGAUAAAACUAACAAAAGUAACCAAGAAAACAGAAAGAGUGAUGAUGAAUUUAAAGAAAGAGAACUUGUAUGUUCGAGAAAAAAAGGAUCUAAAUGGAAGAACUACAUUACUUGGGCAUUUCUCCUCAUUUCAAUGGUAUUGUCUAUCAUAGCCAUUGUGUUCAAAAACUCAUGUCCAGAAGCCACUAUCAAUUAUAAUUACAACAUCACUGGGCCAUAUUUUAGUAAUUCUUAUUUUAUUUCUGACAACUCAACAGAAUAUAUUCGCCUGCCACCAACCUCUAUUUAUCUUCAAAGUUUGUGUAAACUAAGUUUUACAAAUAAUAUUUCAUUCACAGAAUGUUAUUAA